UAGAAACCCUAGAGCAGUAAUGAUAUUGUCGCUGCCGCUUCUAAAGAGAACUACCAUCGAAGAUGGAAGAGACUGAGCUAUCACUGGUAGAUAUGGAGCUAAGACGCGGAAAACACAGAGAAAUAACGUAAGCCAUGAAGUCCGGUUUGAAAUCAUGGAAGCCUGGUCUAUGAAAGGACGAGGAAGAGUUUACGGUUUCACUCCUAGCCUGAAGGUAGAUUAACCACAUAUGCAUAUAUAUAUUUUUUUAUUUCCCCAAAUGAAUUAAUUAUCCUUAAAAAAUGAGAGCCAGAGAAGAGCCAUCCUCGCCAAAGCAUAUUUAACGGUCUCUUUUGGUUUUCACGACUUCACACUCACAAUCUACAGCUACAGUAUACUAUUCAGCCAUGGCCAUUCAAGCUAAAACCUCCCCCUUUCUUCCCUCUAACCAUUUCCAAUUUCCUCCUGCUGUUCCUCUUUCAUCUCUUCUUCGCGUACCCUUCAAAUCAGCGGCUCCAAACUCCCAUAGAAAAUCUCUCAGACUCACUUGCAAUUCCAGCGGGGAAGAUGAUUAUUUGAUAGAUGCUCCGAUUUCUGCUGGAGAUGGCUUUUCUUUCAGUGGAGGCAAAUAUUCAGAUGAGCCUAGCCCGGCCGAUGAAUGGUUUAAGCAAGGAAAGAUAGUGAAAGCUCAUCCUGUUCUUGGCUCUGGUGGGAAGGCAAAAGAUCCUAUAUUUGGACUUAAAAUGGGUGCUGGUUCUCAGGCCUCAGAUGAUGUUUUCAGAUGGUUUUGUGUUGAAAGCGGAAAUCCCAAUAACCCCACAGUUAUACUAAUUCACGGUUUCCCUUCACAGGCAUACUCUUACCGCAAAGUUCUUCCCAUACUAUCCAAAAACUAUCAUGCAAUUGCUUUUGAUUGGCUAGGCUUUGGCUUUUCAGAUAAGCCUCAACCUGGAUAUGGAUUUGACUAUACUCUAGAUGAAUAUGUAUCAUCCUUAGAGUCCUUGGUUAAUGAAGUAUCGAAGGAUAAGGUCUCACUUGUUGUGCAGGGCUACUUCUCACCAGUUGUAGUUAAAUAUGCAAGAAGUUUUCAGGAAAAAGUUAAUGAUCUGAUACUCCUUAAUCCUCCUCUAACAGCAGAUCAUGCCAACCUUCCAUCAACUUUGUCUAUAUUCAGCAACUUCUUGCUGGGUGAAAUUUUUUCCCAGGAUCCUCUAAGGGCCAGUGAUAAAGCCUUGACAAGCAGUGGUCCCUAUCAAAUGAAGGAAGAUGAUGCAAUGGUCUACAGAAGACCAUAUCUUACAUCGGGUUCUGCAGGGUUUGCACUGAAUGCAAUUAGUAGGGCCAUGAAGAAGGGCCUAAAGACAUAUGUAGAAGAAAUGAGAAAUAUACUUCUGGACAAAAAUUGGAAAAUUCAAACCACCGUGUGCUGGGGCCGGAGGGAUCGUUGGUUCAGCUAUGAUGGAGUUGAAGAAUUCUGCAAGGAUUCAAAACAUAACCUGAUUGAACUUCCCAUGGCAGGGCAUCAUGUACAGGAAGACAGUGGUGAAGAACUUGGAGGAAUCAUUUCUGGAGUUAUCAGGAAGAACAGAAUUUGAUGAUAUCAUACAAUUAUAUAUUGGAUGCAAAUGUUCCAAAAACCACUGUGAGGUCUUUGAUAAAAGACAUUCUUCUUUUAGUUGUAUGCAUGAUGCUGUACAUUUUUGUGUCUAAGAAAUGAAUACACAAAUCAAAUCAGCAAGUUUGUUUGUUCAGUUAUAAACCAAUCCUUGUCAUGUUUUGUUGAAUUUAACGCUCUGUUUGGGAGAAUGUAUAUUAAAGUAAGGUUAUCUAGUA